AUGGCUCCUAUCAGUGAUAACUGGCCAGAUGUUGAAGCCUCGCUCGAGAUCAUGGAACCAGAAUAUGCCAAUCGGGUGACUUCUAUGGUCGAGCAACUCAAGCCCCACUAUCAAUCCAUAGAAUCCUAUGCCACCUCAUUACACCCGCAGCGGCUUUCUUGUCGAAUCAUGGACCACUACACAUGGGGUCAAUCUUUUGUUGUCUUUGAACUCCUUUUUUCCGACAACGUAACAUCAUGGAUUAUUCGGUUUGGCAUGAGGCCUAUGGAUGCUUAUUUCAACACUGCCGCACAACUCGAGCGCAAAAUAUUGAAUGAAGUAGCGGCUCUUCAUCUCGUCCGACAACGUACAACAAUCCCAAUCCCCGAAAUAAUUUCAUAUCACGCCCAUCCCUCUCCUUCCAACCCACUGGGUCCUGAUUUCCCCGCAUUUGUUCUAAUGACUGCAAUCACCGGUAUAACGAUUGAAGACUGUGGGAUCUCCAUCGAAGAAUUGGGGUCCGAGUACGAUGUCACUGGCGAGGCCUCCGAUCCAUUAGGAGGUGACGAAAGCAAGCGCCCCAUUUUACAACGUUAUUUGCACGAUCUGGCCGACAUACAUGUACAAUUGAGCCGCAUUACAUUCGAUCGGAUUGGGUCCUUUGUGAUUGACGCUCAGGGGGAAGUUUCAGUAGGUCCAGGGGCAGAUUUUGGACUGGGCCCAUUUGAGUGCGCCAAAGACUAUUUUGCAAUUCAGGCAGAGGCGUAUGAACAGCUUGCGAUGGCUGCGGGGUUAGAUGAUGAAGCGGGAGAGGGAGAAAGUGCGGACGCGGCCCAGCUCAAGCGUAGAUUUGUUGCCUCGUUAUGGCGUAAGGCCAUGAUGCCCCUUGUCGACGAACGAGACGACCGUGGACCCUUCCCUAUGAGGCAUGGAGACUUGCACAGUGACAAUAUUCUAGUAGACGAGACUGGUCACAUUGUUGGCGUGAUAGAUUGGGAUUGUGCUGGUACAGUCCCUUGGGAAGCCUUUGCUGUCCCGACAUUCGAAGUAUCCGGUCAUUUUUCAGAUUCGGACGCUGUCUCAACAUAUUCGAACUCUUCUUCUGAAUCGACUUCUUCGUCCUUAAUGUCACGUACUCGCUCCGUCAUUCACAACGUCUUCAACCGUGAACUCGCUGUUGCCGAGUCGCAGGACGGUGUUGUCCUCGUUAAACCCGCAUCAGGACGGAGCCUUGCUGCACUCCAUGACUCUGACGCGGGUCAUGUAGGAGCAUAUCUAGCAUACUGGAUGUACUCUCUCGCUUGUGACUACGACCAAACUGGACGGGCACUUCACAGAAUGCUGGGCUCUGAUGACGACAUCGAUCAAGACUUCGAAAAAUUCGCCAAAGAAGUUGGCGAUAUGGGACUACACGAAAAGCACGAAGAUGAAGAAGUGCAAGCAUAA